AUGAAGUUUGGUGGUGCAACUCACGAACAGUCCACGUUAUUAAAGAGCACGACCACCGUUCAACGCCCUUCUCGUUCGAGAGAAACAACUACCAAUCAACUUUUAAACCAGCAAACGCUAGACAGUCUUACUUCGUCCAUAUCUUCUAUUGGAAAACCUUCUUCACCCGACAAAAAUCCUAUAAAAGCUUAUUUACGCAUACGCCCGCUAUCUUCGGCUACCCAGAACCAACAUUUUUCUUAUCUCAAAGUAUUGAAUGAUCAGCAUGUUUCCUUGAUCCCGCCCGAGGAUUCAAAUGCUUAUAGAAAACGACAAGGUGCCUGUGACCAAUAUCAAUUCACAAAGGUAUUCGUCGACAAUGCAAGCCAACAGCAAGUCUUUGAAGAAACAACAUUGCCAUUGGUUCAGUCCUUCAUCAAUGGAAACAAUGCUCUGAUCUUUGCUUAUGGAGUUACCAACUCAGGGAAAACAUAUACUAUGCUAGGAAAUGAAACUGAUGCCGGAAUUAUACCAAGAACUUUACACGCUCUUUUUGAUAGUCUUCAAGAUCAUAUGAGUGAUGCUGCUUUAAAACCUAUGAUGCAUAGUGGUAUUCAGAUGUACGAGCGCACCAAUGACCCUAUCUUAGAUGAUGAACAUGAAAAUCGCUCCCUCCUACCAGACACCAUGGAUACAACUGAUUAUACAAUGAAACAGCAUAUGGACAGCAUAAAUCGUUUGGAAGUGGACUCAAGUUUUGAAUAUGGGAUAUGGGUUAGUUUUGCCGAAAUUUAUAACGAACAGAUCUUCGAUUUACUUGAAAGCUCAACUCCAAGCAGUAAAAACAACAAGUGUACCAAGCGCACUUCACUUCCUCUCAAGUACGAACAUCGUACAGGAUAUAAAUAUAUUGCUGGACUUAAGCACGUUCGAGUCAAAAAUGCCGACGAAGCCUAUACGGUAGUACAGAUUGGUCAAAAGAAUCGUGUGGUUUUCUCAACUCUUAUGAAUCAAUCUAGUAGUCGAAGUCAUAGCAUCUUUACAAUCAGCCUUGUACGGUGCCCUAUUGAUAAGAAGGAAUACGUCAUUGAGGAUCCUACUUAUGCCACUAUAUCCAAAUUAUCCGUAGUUGAUCUGGCUGGAUCAGAAAGGUAUCGUCACACAUUCAAUCAAGGUCUGCGUUUAAAAGAAGCCGGAAAUAUCAACAAAUCAUUAAUGGUAUUGGGCCAAUGUAUGGAAACGCUUCGAAUGAAUCAACUCAAAAUCGAAAAUGGAAAACGUCCUGCAAUAGUUCCUUUUCGACAGAGCAAACUCACUGAACUAUUCAAGAAUACUUUUGAAGGACAUGGAAAAGCGGCUAUUAUUGUUAAUGUCAAUCCAUUCGAUACUGGUUUCGAUGAAAACAGUCAUGUGAUGAAAUUUGCUGCUAUUGCCAAGGAAGUUACCACAUCACAACAACAUCAGCCAAAGCUGCCAGUUCUGGAUGAUUCAGCAGGACCAGUUCGCAAGCGAUUACGUAGAAAUCAACAUGAUCCGGAUAUGAAUGGAAAAACACAAGAACAGUAUCACGAUGACCCUUUCGUCAACAGUAUCUUGGAACAAAUGGAAACUUUACGUGACAAAUGGUUAGAAGCAGAAACAAAAUGUAUUACUAUGGAAGUCGAUAUUCGUCAGCAAGUGUCUAUGGAAACUAAAUCAGAAGUGGAAAAAAUGGAAAAUAUGUACAUGUCAUUACUCAAGAGACAGAAUGAAACAGUGGAAUCCGAAAUUGAAAACCGACUACAAGGACUUGGUACUGUGGAAGAUGAUGAUACAGAGCAAAUGAAUAAAGAUUCUAACGAGCAUGAUCAAGUCUCUUUGGCCAUGUUAAAAGCCAAGCAACAGCAUCUCUCAUCUGAGAUUGACAAAAUUUGCCUGUGGAUGAAAGAUCAAAAUAAUGAAAAGAACAAACUCUUGGAAAAAAUGACUGAAUUACAAAAGGACAAGAUUCAGGAACAAGCAACAAUAAAGCGUCUUCACAGUAACAUCACCCAGCUUAAAGCGGUCAUCGACAACUAUAGAAACAAUUCAACCUCCUCUUCGACGGUAACAACUCAUGAUCACUUGAGUCAAACUACAUCCAUCCAGCAUGAGUCUCUCGUAUCGGAAGAGAAUGAAACAGAAUUGGCUGAGACAAGUGAUCAAUACUCAAAUUUCCUUCAACUACGGAAACAGCUACGUCGAAGUGUGUUUAAGAGGGAAGAGUUGCUUGAGGAUGCAGAAGGUAUCAUUUACGAUAUUGAACAGUUCCAAAAUGUUACAUUUGAUCUCGUUAAGCAUACCAAAAUGGGCAAACUUCUGAAACUGAUUACUCAAGAAGAAUUCCAAAGUGAUCCUUAUUUGAUUCAAUAUCGUGCUAUGCAGCUUCUCAAGCGUUUUGCAAGGCUUCCUCGCUCAAACAAUCAGGUGUCAUCGGAUGCUGGCAACCAAGAAGCUCCCUAUAUGAAUGGCCAGCACCGACAUCAAGAACAACGGAAACUAACAAAUCGUGCUACCCCAAAUGAUGACCAUUCUACAAAUGAAUUGAUGAAGCCCUUGCAAACUUCAUCUGAAAACGGUGAUGACGGUCCAAUGGAUACACAUGUUCACAAUAGACCUUCGAGAAAACGAAAAAGGUAUUGA